UGAAAGCAUGCAGUUUCAGUUUCUCAGAUUUCUUUUCACUCGUACUUUGUCCAAAAUCGAGAAUGAGUCUGCGCCGAUUUGCCCAGGCCAACCAUGCAGCAAAUACUCCAGGUUCACCACACUCUCCGUCGCCUAGGCUGAAUGGUGUAACUCAUACUCCAGUCACGCCCCGCACACGCGUGUCAUAUGUUCAAUCUCCAUCUUCCACUCCUUCCAUAUCUUCCUCUACGCCAUUCGACUGGGAUGCUGCACGGUCAAGGAGACCACCACCUUAUGCUUCGCCUCUUAGCGCAAAGCGUAAAUCUCGUAUGAGUACCAUUCCGGAUGGGCUCAGGCCACUGUCAAAGAAGGUUGUGAAAAAGAAAGGCAUAUUUGAGAGAAUCACAGCGUUACCUUCACAGAUUAUGUUCGAGAUCUCACUGUUUCCUCACAACCUACCCAUGCCGGCUCCGAGAACAACCGGAUGGCUCAUCGGGUCUAGCAUGCACCUGCUGCACCUUUGUCUGCGUGUAUCUCAGAUACGUGCCACAGCUGACUCAGACAUCGGCUGGGAAGACUUGUAUUGGGAACGUAGCCAACAGAGUUGGUUUGACUGGACCAUUCCGAUGACGGUCGUUCUGUUGGCCGCCUCGACGUUGAAUGCAAUGCACCUCUUCACGCAAAGCAAAACGUAUCGCCUGCAUCGUCGAACCAAGGCGGACCCCGUGUCCUCACCACAUACCACGUUUGUAACCUCUCCCGCACGUGCGCGAUCCCUUUCUUCCGACGAGCCUUCUCCGAUAGCCUCCUUCAAAACUCGCAUCCUGCGCGUGAUAAAAGUCGUCAUCAUCUUCCUAUGGACAUGUUUCAUCUCCUUCUGGAAAUUCCUGCUUGGUAUUUCCACCCCCACGCCUUCAUCAUCUUCACCCGCACGAGGUGCACCUGCAGAUCAAAUUCAACAGCUUGAGGUCUGGACUCCAGGAGAGCUUGAGCGCGUGCUUCUCAGCGUAUAUUCCCCUGUCCAUGCUCUUAUAUGGAUGUCUACGGGUCCUACGAAUUGGAUACUUAUGACUGCUGUGAUGGGUGCCGUGGGCGUGCAAACCAGCCUUCUCGUACAGGCUUAUGAGGGUCUUGUGAAGGAUCGUGCUAUUCUUGCAGCUGAAGUUAUGCAUGAAUAUAACGAAGGGUUCGUGUAUCCGCGAAUGAAUACUGUGAAGAAAGACGUCGCUGUCAUGACCCAUCAAUCGGAGAUGAUAAACAUCUGGGAAGACUAGCGAUCUCAGAUUAUCAUCUCAGAAAUAGCUACAAGUCAUCGAUUCAUCCAUGAGAAAGUAUACCUGCAUGUAGAUUGGACUAUCAUCAGUACAUUCACCCUAAUAUUCUGGACCGUAGUGUCCGAGACCUGAUAUACAUAUUGAUUUGUGUAUUUUAUUCGUACCAGCUUGUCCCCAGCUCGUACCUCAACCACUCGCCUAUUAUUCACCUACGUCACUCGUUCCCUUGCGUUCUUUAAGCUCAUCAACCGAGCUCCAUUCUUUUGUGCAUUGCUCUUGGUUUUACAUGUGAACAAGGACUGGAAACUACCUUGCCGAAACGGUGCUAAAACUUUAUAUAUAACGAAUUCGCGGUGU